AUGUGUGGGAUCUUCUUCUCCGUCAGUGCAACUGGACCCGUGGAUCCCACCCUGGAGACCUGUUCUCUACUGCGCAACCGAGGGCCAGACAGCUUCCAAGAGCACACGCUUCACCAAGAUGUCGCCAUUGGAUGUCCUGAAACUCACAGAACGCGCCCUGUCGCCCUUACUUUCGCGUCAACAGUCCUGUCGAUGAGAGGGGCAUCUGUACUUUCACAGCCGAUAGUAGACACAACAAGUCACUCCGUAUUGUGCUGGAAUGGCGACGCCUGGAGGAUAACAGGUGAACGUAUCCAAGGCAAUGACGCCGAACUGAUCUUUCACUUAUUGCUGCAGGCUGCAAGUCCCUCGUCAGAUGCAUCUGGACGUUCGCAGGCUUCGGUGCAGAGAGUUGCAGAUGUCAUCAGCAGCAUCUCCGGGGCUUUUGCGUUUGUCUUCUACGACGCAGUCAAUUCCCGUCUGUAUUUUGGCAGAGAUUGCUUGGGAAGGCGUUCCCUGCUUCAAGGUUUCGAUGCCAGCGGAGCUUUCAAAGUCUGCAGUCUUUGCGAUGGCACCUCCACCAAUUUCGAGGAGGUAGACACCAAUGGAGUGCAUAUGAUUGACUUGACGCAUGAUAUCUUUCGGGUCCACCCUGAAGUUCCUACUGCUGACACUAACGCCACUUCUUUCAAUCAAAAUAGCAUCCAAACGCUCCCAUGGGAGCGUACAGAGUCAUCCACGCCUCAUCUAAAAAAUCCCAUCCCAUUGAUGAACAAAUCUCUCCCAGCAUCCACCCCACCUCAGCUGAAUACCGAAUCUCCUGCAGUCAAAUUACUAGAGGAGAAGCUCCGCGAAUCCCUCGCGGUGAGAAUCCAAAACGUUCGCGAGCCUCCAGAAUUCUCGGUUGAGAGAAACACCAAGACCGCCGUGCUGUUCUCCGGCGGCCUCGACUGCACUCUCCUCGCUCGGCUGUCGCACGAACUUCUACCCCCCGACGAGACGGUGGAUCUACUCAACGUCGCGUUUGAAAAUCCUCGUGUUGCAGCCGCGGCAGCUGCAUCAUCAAAGAAAGACAAAGCAGCCCAAGUGUCAUCGAAAGAACUAUCCGUGUACGAGAGCUGCCCGGACCGGAUCACCGGACGCGCCGCCUUCGCCGAGCUCCAGAGGGUGUGUCCGAGCCGGAACUGGCGGUUCGUCGCAAUCGACAUCCCCUACGUGGAGACCCUCGCGCACCGGGACACGGUGAAACGCCUGAUGCGCCCCCACAACACGGAGAUGGAUCUGUCAAUCGCCUGCGCGUUGUAUUUCGCCGCCCGCGGCCAAGGGACAGCCGUUGACAGCCGGCAGCCUGACGCCGCACCAAAGCCCUACACCACGCCGGCUCGGGUGCUUCUCUCGGGCCUGGGCGCCGACGAGCUCUUCGCAGGCUACUCACGCCAUGGGGUGGCGUUCGCGCGCGCCGGGUUUCCGGGGUUGAUCGACGAGAUCGAUCUGGACGUCAGCCGGCUCGGCAAGCGCAAUCUCGGUCGGGACAACCGGGUCCUCGCGCACUGGGGGCGGGAAACGCGGUUCCCGUACCUCGACGAGGACUUCGUCUCGUGGGUGGUGCAGAUGCCCGUCUGGGCGAAGUGCGGCUUCGGCGUCCCGGAGGAUGCCCUCGCUCCGGCACUGGACGCGGAGAAGAAAGCCCUGCGACUCGUGGGCGCUCCGUCUAGGCAUGUCGGGCGUGGCGCGCGAGAAGAAAACGUGCGAUCCAGUUUUGGGCUCUCGCACCGCCAAAAGGGAGAAAGGCCGCACCCAGGGGCACCGAUGCAUUGA